AGCGAAAAUACGAGCAACUACUGGAGGCAUCCAUAUCACACAAGACGAGAAAAACAAAGUAUUAUUCCUUAAGAAAUUGCAAGAAGCCGCCAAUCAAAAAGAUCCUAUAUAUUCUAAGAAGCCCGAUAAUUAAAAAACCUCACAAUGAAUCACGAUUUAGAACAUACCUCUUUGCAAACUAUGGAGCCAGAUUCUACUAUCAACAAUCUCACAAACCCUGCUGUUAAAAAAGAUCAAAUAUUAGAACGACUUAAUAAGCGCAAUAAAGAACGUCAAAAUUAUCUGGAUGUUAAAUUGGAACAGCGUCACAAGGACUGUCCCGAAUUAGAGGGAGCCGAUUACUUCAAUCAAACGUUUGCGGAUAAAGUACGAGAAAUUGAAUUGAGAAUUAAAAAUGUUACUGAAGCUACAGCCAAAAAAUCAGCGGGCGAUGGACCUACCAUUGAUCUGCAGCGACACUUUGCUGAUAUAACUAUAGAAAUUCAAGAAUUACAAAGAUAUUUAACUAAUUCCACCAUAUUUCUGACGGAAUACAAAAUAAAAUCAUGUCAAGAAAUUGUGCACGAUCUCUUGGCCACCUGCGAAGAGACUAGAGUACGUUUAAUGCCGAAAAAGAAAUUUGGCUUUAGUGGUCGCAAAGUCACACCCAAGCCAGCCUUGAAUCCCAAACUAACUUUAAACGACAAACUAGACUCUUCGGAAAAAUUACAAACUACAGCAUCCAGUGAAAAUGUGGUAAACUGGACUUUGUCUAAUCUGAAAAAUGAAUACAUCUGCUUAAAAGAAGAACAAGUCAAUGGCAAAGAUAUUACCAUAUCCAAUCUAAAGAAUUGUUUUGUGGAGCUGCAGGGACCAGCCGGUUCAGUACAAAUAUCACGUUGUCAAGACUGCACAUUUCUGUGUGGGCCGAUAGCUCGAUCUCUAUUUGCCGAAUACUGCAACAAUUGCGCUCUUAAUGUGGCCUGUCAACAACUAAGAUUUCAUUCAUCUGCUAAAUGUCGUAUUUAUUUGCACGUCACCUGUCGCGCCAUCAUUGAGGACUGUAAGGAAAUAGAAAUAGCUCCCUACAACUAUGAAUAUGCCCACAUUGACGAUGACUUUACGUCGGCCGGCCUCAAUAAAGAACAUAACAACUACACCGAUAUUGCCGAUUUCAACUGGCUGUCGCCAGAUGUUCCUUCGCCCAACUGGCAUUUGAAUAAGGACACUCCUUCGGUCAACUGGCAGGAUGUUAGAAAUGAAUGGAAAAUACGUUACAUAGACAACGCCUCCUUAUAGUCCAGAGAAUGGUGGUUUCAUUUAAUGUGGAUCUUCUUAGCUGUAAUGAUUUUCAUGAUAAUCAUCCCAAACAAACACGCUAUAAGUAAUGAAACUUUGAAUUUCUUAUUUAAAUUAAAAAUCGUCUAUAAGUUUGUGGGUUUUAAAUGGUCGUAUUUAGUGACAUUUAUCAACUCUAAUUUCCAGCAAUUUAAAGAAAAGACUUAAAUUUAAUUUAAACUCUGAUUAAAAAUUGUAUAGACAAAUUAAAACUGCACACAAAAACACAAAAUUAUAAUACCAGUGAUCAAAGUUUCCUUUUCUUUUAACAGUGUUAUGGAUAAAUUACUUACUUGUCUUGUUUAUUAUCAGUGGGAAAUUCAUGAUGAUCACAUCAUUUAUUUAACUCUAAAUCUUAGAUUUUUAGUAAUAUCAAUGUGUAGAAAAAAAACAAAAAAAAAACAAAACGAUUUGAAUUGAAAGUUUGUUUGUCAUUUUAUUAACAAUUGUAACAUUGUAAUCCAGUUUGUACUCAUAAUUAUAAUUAUAAAAAAAGGAUUGAAUAAAUAAUAAUAACUUUCAGAAAAAGA